UAACCCUAGUCCCCAAAUCGAGCUCGCAGCAGCAGCGAGUGGCGACUCCGCCGACCAUUUCACUUCCGCCGGCAUCCGGCUUCUCCGUCCCAUUCCCCACCCCCGGCCACCUGCAACUCCAUGGGGACGGCUCAGAGCGUCGGGCGCCGGGAUUCCUACGCCGACACCGGAGCAGGCGGCGAGGACCUCAUCAGCGCGCUUCCAGACGACGUGCUCGUCCACAUCCUCCUCCAGCUCCGCGACGCCGCCGCCGCCGCCCGGACCAGCAUCCUCGCCCGACGGUGGCGCGGCCUCUGGGCCCUCCUCCCGCAGCUCACCUUCGCCGACGGCAUCGAGCACCACCGCAUAGUCUCCGCCCUCGCCGCACACCAAGUGCCGGACCUCCGCGGUCUCCGGGUCGCCACCCGACACGCCUCCGUCGAGUACCUGGCGGUCUGGCUCCCCAUCGUCGCACGCCGCCUCACCGGAUCCAUGCUCCUCAGGGUGGUGUGGCACGACAACGAGGAGGUCGCCGAGCUGGAGCCCGAGCAAAGAGGGGAGAUUCUGCUUCCUUGCUUCCAGCGAGCCACCACGGUCAUACUCGAGUUCUCGUUCCUUCGCCUCGUCCUGCCGCCUUCCGGCGUAUUCGCCCGGCUCAAAGUUCUCGAGCUGGUUGGCAUCCACCUAUAUGGCCAGUGCAGUCUCGGCAACGCUCUCUCCUCCCCGCGGUGCCCAUCCUUGCAGAUUCUCAGUGUCCAGAAUGCUCGUGGUCUGGGCAACUUCACAAUUCAUUCCAAGUCCCUCCUAGAACUGAAGCUAUUGAAACUACCUGACAUGCAGCAGCUCAUUGUCGGGGCACCGUCACUCCAAAUGUUAAUCAUCAUGGGUUGCUUUACCGAUGGGCUGAAUCCAAGUCAGCCAGUUGCCAACAUCUCAGCCCCUCGCCUGGAGUUGCUCUUGUGGACGUGUGAUUUUGUUCCGAGCUCUCUCCAGCUUGGGGAGAUGGCACAUCUUCAAUGUCUUGACACUGGAAAUUUCUUUGUCUAUGGACCGAUUUCCUUUGCUCUACAAAAUCGCUGUUGCAUGAGCAUUCUGCAGCACUUUGAGCGUCUCAGUGUCCUCAAUCUCUAUAUUAUCUAUCCGCCGGUCAUUGGUAAUAUUGAAUACUUGAUGGAAGAUAUGACAAGUCUUCCCGACGUUACAAUAUUGAACCUGGAUGUAACUGCAUAUGUACAUUCAUUUGGAGCCAGCGUAUUCCAUGUUCUUAGGAUGUGCCCUCGUUUAAAAGCACUCUGUCUUAAAUUUCCUGUGAAACCUAGCCAACUGGAGGUAAUGCAAUCCUUAAUUUUUUUUGUCUGAUACUUCAUGCUUCAGUUACCAGAAAGUCACAUAAAGCAAUAUGUCAAUACAUAUUUGCAUUUCUUACUAAGCAUGAAUAGGCUUGACCGCUUGAGGUGAUAGUUUCUCUGCUCUUGAUUUUAGUUCAGUAAUGAUACACUGUGAAGUUUAUCUGUGGCUACAACCAUUCUCCCUUAGUGUUUCAGAAAUUGGCAAUACUACUUUGGUUAAGAAAUUGGCGAUACUACUGGUCGGUAACUGUGUAAUAGGUUU